UUAUAGUACACCGCUUAAGUGUUUCCGGUUCAAAAUUACGAAGAAAAAGCUGACUUUGUUUUAAACCGACUUGUACGAUGUCUAAGAAGAGUGGCAGAUAGAUUUGUAAUGAUGGCAAGUCCAAAAUCAGAUACAGAUGCAGCUGUGAGCCCUGUGAAAAGUUCCUUACAUUUAGCGGUGGCAGCACAGCUAGACCUUAGCAUGAUGGCACAGUUUGUCCAUAAAUGUAUACAGGAAGAUGAUCUCAGUAAACUUAGAGAAAGACUCAUGAAAAGACCAAAAGAAGAGCGUAAGAAGAUAGUGGACGAGAAAGUUCUAGGCAAUACACCUUUGUUUACUGCCAGUUACCGUGGCAAAGUCCAUUUUGUCAACUUCCUAUUGAAUGAGUGUGGAGCUGACGUGGAGAGCAAAGGAAUUUAUGAGGUUGAAGAAGACAGAUCAAAACACCAGGUAACGCCAUUAUGGUGUGCAGCAGUUGCUAACAAAAUAGAAGUAGUCAAAGCUUUAGUGGAACAUGGAGCUGAAAUAAAUAGUCCAUCUGAUACAGAAUCUACACCAGUUCGUUCAGCAUGUUACAUGACAAAUGUUGCGGUGAUCAAAUUCCUCGUCAAUCAUGGUGCCGAUAUACAUAAACCAAACUGUAAUGGGGGCACCUGUUUGAUUAAUGCCAUCCAGGAUGCUGACUUAUGCAAGUUCUUAAUCAAUCAAGGAGCAAAUGUGAAUGCGGUAGAUAAUUCAGGAAACUUGGCACUACAUUAUGCUAUACGUGAAGGGAUUGUGGACUCAGUAAAACUUCUGUUACAACAUAAUUCAGAUUUUACACUGAAAAAUGACUGGGGUGAUAAUGCACUACAAACAGCUGCAUUGCGAGGCAGUCAGAAUAUCGUGGAAAUUAUCCUAGAUAUGACACCUCAAACAACAGCUGAUGCCAUCCUAGCUUACGAGCUUCUAGGAACUAAUUUUGUUGAUGAGAAAAAUGACAUGGUUGCUGCUUUGACUGUUUGGAAAAAGGCAAUGAGCUUGAGAUAUCUGUUUGUCAGAGAACCAAUUCUUAAGGAAUUGCCCGAAAAAAAGUCAGUCUAUAAGAAUUUCAGUGAACCGCAGACUGUUGAAGAAUUGAACAAUAUAUAUGACCCUGAAGAAAUUCACAUGCUAGCAUUAUUAAUGAGAGAAAGGAUCCUGGGACCUCAGCAUAAAGAUACCACUUUUGGGCUGAUGUAUCGAGGAGCAGUCUACGCCGACUCUCAUAACUUUCAACGAUGCGUAGAUUUAUGGAAGUAUGCCUAUAGUCUGAGAUACCAGAAAGAUGAACCCCUCAAUCAAGAAUGUCUGUUCACGAUUCAGGCACUUGUGAAACUGUUUUGGGAGAUUCAGACGGAAGUCGAAUCCGGUGCAACUGACGACCUUAUUCAGCAGGAAGACGUUGUGCAAGUGUUCGAAAUUUUGUCAGAUCAAAUAAUUUCUGGGAAAGAAUCUAUAGACACAGAUAUGCAGGAAAAAGGCGAGGGAACAGCUUUAUCAGAAAAAGUGUCAGAUAUUCAGCUGCUUAUGCAGUUGUACUUGCAUAUGAUACACCUGUUCUCCCGGUCUGAGUGUUCAGAAACAAAUAAAGAGAAGUUCAUGAAGUUGGUGCAUAGAGUUUUAGUAAAAAACCCAUUAGGUAGCCAUGGAGAGACUUUGCUUCAUUUAGCAGUAGAUCCAAAAAUUUCCUUGACAAGUGAAGAAUUUUACUCGCCAUUUCCGUCUUUACAAGUUACUCAGAUUUUGGUAAGUUGCGGAGCGGACAUGAAAGCCCAAAGCAAUGAUGGAAGUACGCCUCUAUUAACUGCUGUCAAAGUGUUAAACUAUUCCGAUCCAACAGAAGAAAGUAUCAUAAAAUUUUUACUACAGGCCGGCUCACAUAUAGACGUGUAUAACAAUAUGGGAGAAAGUCCUUUCGUGCUCAUGGAAAGCCAGGGACUGCCAUUCUUCCCUUUAAACUACAUAAAUUUACGGUGUUUGUCCUCUAGAGUGAUAAUGAAAUAUGGAAUACCAUACAAGAAUGAGAUUCCACAAGCCCUUACUGCUUUUGUUGAAAUGCAUGGAAAGUGUAAAGCUGACUUGUGAUGUUGGACUCAUUUAGGAAAGAUAAAACUAAAUGUAUUCUAAUCAAACAUGGGCUGUGAUGAACCUGUUAAUUGUCCUGGUUUUUGUCAUUUUUUUUAAUAUUUGAAACUUUUUAUAUGGCGAUAUUCUGUAUAUGAACUAAAGACAAAUUAUUUUGCUGUCAUUCAACAGUUACUAGCUCUUUAUUCAAUUUAAAGGGAGGUAACUUGAUACAAUAUCUUAAGGAAGAAUAUAAUUAUUUCAUUAAUGCCAACUGAUUUCUUUUUCUUAUUUCUUGUUGUUACUCAGUUUACAAUAUUUAUAUUGUUUUUAUUUCCACUUACUUCUGUCAAAAUAUUGGAACAAGUAAUAACUGUUACCUUGAAAAGAAAAAAGAAUAUAAAUGAAUAAUUCUGUUGCAUUUGGUCAAUAAUAAUAGGUUAUUAGCUUUAUAUUAGGAAAUAUGCACGAGUUCUGCAAUGGAAAUAUCGUGCAACUUUAGGAGCACAAUAUUCUUCAGCUAAAGAACGAGAGCAUAUUUCCUGAUGCAAAGAUAAUAACCUUUUUAUUACAUUCGUAUCUACAGGUAUAAAUGUAAUGUAAAUAUUAUGAAUUUGUUCAAUAGCCUGAAAAAGAUUGACAAUAUUGAACUAAAUAAAAGCAUAAAUGCAACGACACACACUAAAUAACGUCACACACCCGAUAUGAAAUUUGGCAUCAGUGUAUGGAAAAAUAUUUACGUUUCCAGUACCAUUGUAACUUAACGGGCAAUAUGAGUAUGUGAUUUAUCUGAAUUUCAUAUAUGAUUUGAUCUAACCUAUUUUUAGCUCGACUAUAAGAAGUAUAAGGAGAGCUAUCCUACUCGACCCGGCGUCGGUGUCUUUCCGCGUCCCAACCUUGGUUAAAGUUUUUUUACACUUUCUCUUUUUUCAACUUAUCUCUGUAACUACUUGAUGGAUUUGAUUCAAACUUGAAAUAUUUAUUCUUCAUCAUCAUCCAAUCAUCUGACGUAAGGGCCAUAACUCUGGCACCAAUAUAUUCCUUGAAUUAUCCCCCCUUUUCACUUAGAUUUUCAGGUUAAAGUUUUGAUGCACUUACACUCUAUCUCUGUUAUUACUGAAUGGAUUUGAUUCAAACUUAAAAUAGUUAUUCAACGUCAUCACCCACAUCAUAUGACACAAGGUGCAUAACUCUGGCACCAUUUUUAGCUCAUCUGAUUUUUUGAAAAAAAAUGAUGAGUUAUUGUCAUCACUUGAGCGGUUGUCGGCGUCGGCGUUGCCUGGUUAAGUUUUAUGUUUAGGUCAGCUUUUAUCCUAAACUAUCAAAGCUAUUGCUUUGAAACUUGGAAUACUUGUUCACCAUCAUAAGCUGACCCUGUAUAGCAAGAAACAUAACUCCAUCUUGCUUUUUGCAAGAUUUAUGGCCCCUUUUGUACUUAGAAAAUAUCAGAUUUCUUGGUUAAGUUUUAUGUUUAGGUCAACUUUUCUCCUAAACUAUCAAAGCUAUUGCUUUGAAACUUAGAAUACUUGUUCACCAUCAUAAGCAGACCCUGUACAUCAAGAACCAUAACUCCAUCUUGCUUUUUGCAAGAAUUAUUGCCCCUUUUGGACUUAGGAAAUCAGUUUUCUUGGUUAAUUUUUUUGUUUAGGUCAGCUUUUAUCCUAAACUAUCAAAGCUGUUGCUUUAAAACUUGCAACACUUGUUCACCAUCAUAAGCUGACCCUGUACAGCAAGAAACAUAACUCCAUCCUGCUUUUUGCAAGAUUUAUGGCCCCUUUUGGACUUAGAAAAUAUCAGAUUUCUUGGUUAAGUUUUAUGUUUAGGUCAACUUUUUCUCUUAAACUAUCAAAGCUAUUGCUUUGAAACUUGCAACACUUGUUCACCAUCAUAAGCUGACCCUGUAUAGCAAGCAACAUAACUCCAUCCUGCUUUUUGCAAUAAUUAUUGCCCCUUUUGGACUUAGAAAAUCAUUUUCUUGGUUGAGUAUUAUGUUUAAGUCGACUUUUCUCAUAAACUAUCAAAGCUAUUGCUUUAAAACUUGCAACAGUUUUUCACCAUUAUAAGUGGACACUGUACAUCAAGAAACAUAAUUCUAUCCUGCUUUUUGCAAGAAUGAUGGCCCUUUUUAGACUUAGAAAAUCGUGGGUAGGACAAUAUUUCUAUUACACAAAAAAAAUCAGAUGAGCGUCAGCACCCGCAAGGCGGUGCUCUUGUUUCAUGAAUUAUUCCCCCUUUUUACUUAGAAUUUCAGGUUAAAGUUUUGGUGCACUUUCACUCUAACUCUGUUAUUACUGAAUUGAUCUGAUUCAAACUUAAACAAUUGUUCAACAUCAUUACCCUUAUCAUAUGACACAAGGUGCAUAACUCUGGGAGCAAUUUUUCAUGAUUAUUUCCCCUUUUUACUUAGAAUUUUAGGUUAAAGUUUUGAUGCACUUUCACUCUGUCUCUGUUAUUACUGAAUGGAUUUGAUUCAUACUUAAAAUAGUUGUUCAACAUCAUCACCCACACCCUAUGACGCAAGGUGCAUAACUCUUGGCACCAAUUUUUCAUUAAUUAUUCCCCCUUUUUACUUAGAAUUUUAGGUUAAAGUUUUGAUGCACUUUCACUCUGUCUCUGUUAUUACUGAAUGGAUUUGAUUCAAACUUAAAAUAGUUGUUCAACAUCAUCACCCACACCAUAUGACACAAGGUGCAUAACUCUGACACCAAUAUUUAAUGAUUUAUGCCCCUUUUUGCUUAGGAUAUUCUUAUAUAGUGUUUUGAUACAUUUUAUCUUUACCUCUCUUAUUACUUUAAGUUGAUAUUUUUGACAUAGACUCAGGCUAUUGUGCAAUAUCUUCAUCCACAAUUGGAGUCAUUAAACACUCCAGUGACAGCUCUAGUUUCCUCAGAUGUGCCCAGUUUCACUAUCCAGCAUCAAAAUAGUUGAGCGCGCUGUCCCCUGUGACAGCUCGUGUUGGUCAAUGUAUUAUAUGGUUAGAAGUUUAAUUUUGUUUGCACUCAAAUUUUUGUGAUUACAAGUUCACAAAACAUCACAGUACUCACAAUCGUGUUCAACUGCUUUAAUAGAAAUUUUAUAUACAUAAAACCACCUGGGUAUUUUUUCAUCGAGAUUUUGUGGAGUCACAAGAAAUUAAAUUGUGUUUCAAAAAUUAUUGAUAAGAUAUCAGCAUUUGAUUUAAAUCUGUAAACCAAUCUACUGUGUAAAAACAUCAUCAUUAGAUGCAUACUGUGUAAAACCGACCAUCAAUUAAUGUGUAUUUGCAGCAGAAUGCAGAUUGAAACUGAAAGUUGAAAACAGGAAAACUGUUGACAUUUCCAUAUCAGUUUUUGCACUCGCAGAACUCUGUGAGUUGAGGUAUAAGACACACAUUUUUAUGCUAAAGGAAGGGCGAACAUAUAGUUACCCGUCCGUCCAUCACUCUUUUGUCUGGAGUAUAACUUGAAAAAUAUUUAUGGCAUUUGAUAGAAACUUCACAUAAUCAUAGAGGCCAUUAAGACAAAAUCAUCUCUACCUUACCUAGUUCAGUCUCCCUUUAUUAUACAAAAGGCUUGUCUGGAGCAUUACUUGAAAAGUAUUAAUGGCAUUUCAUUGAAACUAAAUGGUUAGAGGUCAUUGACGGGAAGUGCAGUGUCAAAGAACCAUAACUCUACCUUACCUAGUUUUUGAAUUAUCUCCCUUUAUUAUACAAAAUAAGGCUUGUCCGGAGCAUUACUUGAGAAGUAUUAAUGGCAUUUCAUUGAAACUUCACAAAAUGAUAGAGGCCAUUGACGAGAAAUGCAGUGUCAAAGAACCAUAACUCUACCUUACCUAGUUUUUGAAUUAUAUGUCUUUAUUAUAUAAAAUAAGGCUUGUCCAGAGCAUUACUUGAAAACAAUUAAUGGCAUUUCAUUGAAACUUAACAUAAUCAUAGAGGCCAUUGACAGGAAGUGCAGUUCCAAAGAACCAUAACUCUACCUUACCUAGAUUUUGAAUUAUCUCCCUUUAUUAUACAAAAUAAGGCUUGUCUGGAGCAUUACUUGAAAAGUAUUAAUGGCAUUUCAUUGGAACUUCACAAAAUGAUAGAGGCAAAAAUUACACUUAAUGAUAUGUCCCUUGCUUCAAAGAAGUAUAAAAUACCCAGAAUGGCAACUGGCUGUAAUCUCGCAUGAUCUCGUGUCAGAGCGUCAAUCGGCGUUAUCUUAGUAAAAACAAACAUCGGCGAGCAUGGAGUUACAAAUUGUACCUUUAAAACUACAUUUGAAAUACAUGUUAGCUUCUAAAACAACAUUAGUUUAAUGUGAAAUAGUCUUAAGACACAAAGUACACGUUUUUUACCAUCAAAAGAAGCGUGGUCAUACAGUGAUAAUUAAUUUACCGAUGAAUAAUUUCUUUCGCAUACCAAAUGGCACGUAGAGAACGCGUCACUUCGGGUAAACGAUAUCUCAUUCAGUUGUCACCUUUUUUUGGCGAGAUUUGCUCUAUAUGCCUUUCAAGUUACCGAUCUAUUUAUUUUUAUAGCUCUUUGCUUGCUUUAAUUAUCUCCCUUUAUUUAAUUCUCUUCUUUUUAUUAUCUCCAUUUUUAAAACAAAAAAAUUUUGGGUUUCUUAUACAUUACUCCCAAUAUUGGGACAAGCACAUGCAUCGGGGAGCAUCAUUCGGUUUCACCGAUUCCUUGCACAAAAUGUACACACAUUUUGUGAGAAUGUGAGCUUAAAUUUGAAUGCUGUAUUAUAUAGGGGUAUCAUAAUUGCAGUCCAUGUAGUUAACUCUGAAUGAGAUGAAAUUGAAUGAAAUUUAAAAACAGUUGAAAAGUGCUUUUUUUAUGUGUAUUACUUGAAAUCAGAACAGAUUUAAAUACAUAAUGUAUGCUAGUAUUUGAGUUUUGCUAGUAUAAAUCUGUCUGGCUAUAGAGUAUUUUAAAAAAGUUCUCCUUAAAUGUUAAAAGAUUUGUACUUUUAACACAUCAUUAGCAAAAUAGAAUUUUCAUUAAAAUUUGACUCUGACUGUUGUAAAAUUAUAGGACAUUUAAGGAAAGAUGAGGUGCAGUUUUUUUUUUUAUUAGCUCACCUGUCACAUAGUGACAAGGUGAGCUUUUGUGAUCACGCAGCGUCCGUCGUCCGUGCGUCAGUCCGUCCGUCCGUAAACUUUUGCUUGUGACCUCUCUAGAGGCCAUAUUUCUCAAUGGAUCUUCAUGAAAAUUGGUCAGAAUGUUCACCUUGAUGAUAUCAAGGUCAAGUUCGAAAAUGGGUCACAUGCGGUCAAAAACUAGGUCAUAGGUCUAAAAAUAGAAAAACCUCGUGACCUCUCUAGAUGCCAUAUUUUUCAAUGGAUCUUCAUGAAAAUUGGUCAGAAUGUUAACCUUGAUGACAUCUAGGUCAGGUUCGAAACUGGGUCACGUGGGGUUAAAAACUAGGUCAGUAGAUCUAAAAAUAGAAAAACCUUGUGACCUCUCUAGAGGCCAUAUUUUUCAUGAGAUCUUCAUGAAAAUGGGUGAGAAUGUUCAGCUUGAUGAUAUCUAGGUCAGAUUCGUAACUGGGUCAUGUGCGGUCAAAAACUAGGUCAGUAGAUCAAAAAUAGGAAAACCUUGUGACCUCUCUGGAGGCCAUAUUUUUCAAGAGAUCUUCAUGAAAAUUGGUGAGAAUGUUCACCUUGAUGAUAUCUAGGUCAAGUUUAAAAGUGGGUCACUUGCCUUCAAAAACUAGGUCAUUAGGUCAAAUAAUAGAAAAACCUUGUGACCUCUCUAGAGGCCAUAUUUUUCAAUGGAUCUUCAUGAAAAUUGGUCAGAAUUUUUUAUCUUGAUGAUAUCUAGGUCACAUGUGCUCAAAAACUAGGUCACUAUGUCAAAUAAUUGAAAUAACGACGUCAUACUAAGUUCAACACUGGGUCAUGUGGGGAUAGGUGAGUGAUUCAGGACCAUCAUGGUCCUCUUGCACAAAUCCUUACAGUGAUAAACAGAAGAGAAAAUCUAAAUGUUACAAAGUCCUGCAGCCAGCAGUGUUAACCUGUCUCGAAAAAAACACAACCUCAACAUUUGUUGUUUUCAGAAACGUCCAAUGAGAUGUUAUGUGAUUUGAGACUUGUUUUGAAUCUUGUGAACUUAAGACAAAGCCCAUCACUUUAUUAUCAUUCAACUCUCAAGUACUUGCUUAAUUAGCUCACCUGUCACAAAGUGACAAGGUGAGCUUUUGUGAUCGCGCAGUGUCCGUCGUCCGUCCGUCCGUCCAUAAACUUUUGCUUGUGACCACUCUAGAGGUCACAUUUUUCAUGGGAUCUUUAUGAAAGUUGGUCAGAAUGUUCAUCUUGAUGAUAUCCAGGUCAAGUUCGAAACUGGGUCACGUGCCAUCAAAAACUAGGUCAGUAGGUCUAAAAAUAGGAAAACCUUGUGACCUCUCUAGAGGCCAUAUAUUUCAAAAAUAUUCAUGAAAAUUGGUCAGAAUGUUCACCUUGAUGAUAUCUAAGUCAAGUUUGAAACUGGGUCACGUGCCGUCAAAAAGUAGGUCAGUAGGUCUAAAAAUAGAAAAACCUUGUGACCUCUCUAGAGGCCAUAUAUUUCACAAGAUCUUCAUGAAAAUUGGUCAGAACGUUCACCUUGAUGAUAUCUAGGUCAAGUUCGAAACUGGGUCACGUGCCAUCAAAAACUAGGUCAGUAGGUCUAAAAAUAGAAAAACAUUGUGACCUCUCUAGAGGCCAUAUAUUUCACAAGAUCUUCAUGAAAAUUGGUCAGAACGUUCACCUUGAUGAUAUCUAGGUCAUGUUCAAAACUGGGUCACGUGCCAUCAAAAACUAGGUCAGUAGGUCUAAAAUUAGAAAAACCUUGAGACCUAUCUAGAGGCCAUAUAUUUCACAAGAUCUUCAUGAAAAUUGGUCAGAACGUUCACCUUGAUGAUAUCUAGGUCAAGUUUGAAACUGGGUCACGUGCCAUCAAAAUCUAAGUCAGUAGGUCAAAUAAUAGAAAAACCUUGUGACCUCUCUAAAGGCCAUAUUUUUCAUGGGCUCUGUAUGAAAGUUAAAUUGAAUGUUCACCUUGAUGACAUCUAGGUCAAGUUUGAAACUGGGUCAAGUGCGGUCAAAAACUAGGUCAGUAGGUCUAAAAAUAGAAAAACCUUGUGACCUCUCUAGAGGCCAUAUAGUUCACAAGAUCUUCAUGAAAAUUGGUCAGAAUGUUCACCUUGAUGAUAUCUAGAUCAGAUUCGAAACUGGGUCACAUGCACUUAAAAUCUAAGUCAGUAGGUCAAAUAAUAGAAAAACCUGGUGACCUCUCUAAAGGCCAUAUUUUUCAUGGGAUCUAUAUGAAAGUUGGUCUGAAUGUUCAUCUUGAUGAUAUCUAGUUCAAGUUCGAAACUGGGUCACGUGCGGUCAAAAACUAGGUCAGUAGGUCUAAAAAUAGAAAAACCUUGUGACCUCUCUAGAGGCCAAAUAUUUCAUGAGAUCUUCAUGAAAAUUGGUCAGAAUGUUCACCUUGAUGAUAUCAAGGUCAGAUUCGAAAGUGGGUCACAUGCCAUCAAAAAUUAGGUCAGUAGGUCAAAUAAUAGAAAAACCUUGUGACCUCUCUAGAGGCCAUAUUUUUCAUGGGAUCUGUAUGAAAGUUGGUCUGAAUGUUCAUCUUGAUGAUAUCUAGGUCAAGUUUGAAAGUGGGUCACGUGUCAUCAAAAACUAGGUCAGUAGGUCUAAAAAUAGAAAAACCUUCUGACCUCUCUAAAGGCCAUAUUUUUCAUGGGAUCUAUAUGAAAGUUGGUCUGAAUGUUCAUCUUGAUGAUAUCUAGGUCAAGUUCGAAACAGGGUCAUGUGCAGUCAAAAACUAGGUCAGUAGGUCUAAAAAUAGAAAAAACUUUGUGACCUCUCUAGAGGCCAUACUUGUGAAUGGAUCUCCAUAAAAAUUGGUCAGAAUGUUCACCUUGAUGAUAUCUAGGUAUCUAGGUCAAGUUUGAAACUGGGUCAUGUGCCUUAAAAAACUAGGUCAGUAGGACAAAUAAUAAAAAAACCUUGUGACCUCUCUAGAGGCCAUACUUUUCAUGGGAUCUGUAUGAAAGUUGGUCUGAAUGUUCAUCUUGAUGAUAUCUAGGUCAUGAUUGAAACUGGGUUAACUGCGGUCAAAAACUAUGUCAGUAGGUCUAAAAUUAUUAAAAUCUUUUGACCCCUCUAGAGGCCAUAUUUUUCAAUGGAUCUUCAUGAAAAUUGAUCUGAAUGUUGACCUUGAUGAUAUCUAGGUCAGUUUCGAAACUGGGUCACGUGCGGUCAAAAACUAGGCCAGUAGGAAUAAAAAUAGAAAAACCUUGUGACCGCUCUAGAGGCCAUAUUUUUCAUGAGAUCUUCAUGAAAAUUAGUGAGAAUGUUCACCUUGAUGAUAUCUAGAUAAAGUUCAAAACAGGAUCACGUACCUUCGAAAUCUAGGUCAAUAGGUCAAAUAAUAGAAAAACCUUGUGACCUCUCUAGAGACCAUAUUUUUCAAUGGAUUUUCAUGAAAAUUGGUCAGAAGUUUUAUCUUGAUAAUAUCUAGGUGACGGUUAAAACUGGGUCACAUGAGCUCAAAAACUAGGUCACUAUGUCAAAGAAUAGAAAAAACGACGUCAUACUCAACACUGGGUCGUGUUGGAAGAGGUGAGCGAUUCAGGACCAUCAUGGUCCUCUUGUUUUUGUAUUGUUAUUGUUCAUACAUAUUUUUGAUAAAUGAAAUUAUUAAAGCGAUUGAAGUCUGA